UCCACCUGGAGCCCAGCAAGGCCCCCACAGAUGGGUCCCGGCAAAGAACCCAAGAGAACGGGGGGCCAUGGUGACGGUCCUGCACCCCCGAUGUACCCGGUCCAAAGGGACCUGGUCCAGUGAACCGCCACCCAAACCGGGCACCGUCGGACCGUCAGAGGCCACCGGGGACCCGCCACGGACCCAUUGCUAUCGGUGCCACGAGAACCCCGGUACCCGACCACACUGUCCGCCAUCCAGGACCUGGAACUGGACUUGGACCUGGACCACAAUCACGACCAGGACCAGGACCAGGACCAGGACCUAUAUUUACUUUGACUCCAUUAUCUCUUUCUUCAUCUGCAAAUUUGUUUUUAACUAUUUUUGUUUUACUUGAUUUCACGUUUGUUUCUUUUUACUUGUGCUUCUUGUUUGUUCCAUGUGACUGAGCUCCUGUGAACAAGCUGCUUGUGGAUGAUGAAAGUCUUUGCGUUUUUGUCUGUGUUUGUUGUUAAAGUGUCUCCGUCAUGUGUGUGAUAUGUCAGAGCUCUGCAGGGACUGAUCCCAGAACAGCCCGGUGUUCUCAGCCUCUUAUAUCACCGGCUAAGUUUAGACUUUUUUUAGACCUUUGUGUCAGAGAGGAAUCUGCACCAGCUCCACAGUUAAUGCUGUUAAGUUUAAACCAGGAAGAGCGGCCUUUAGUAGCAGGAAAUGUGUCACUGAUAGUAUCAUCUGUACAGAUAUAAAUCUCAUAAAAGCAGUGGGCUGAGAACCACACAGAUAUAAAUGCUAAGUCUGAGAGUUUUUGUGACUGAACAAACCCAUCAAUAAAACACAUACAGAUACAGGUACAGGCCUGAGACAUGGACCCUUCAGAUGUUUCUAUAUUUGUUCAUUAAAAUGGUUCUUCUGGAGAACCCCUGGUGUUCUUGGGCUCAGAUACUUUAAAGCUGCAGAAUUUCUGCUGAUGUCUGUGGUGAUUACUCUGUAAUUGUGGUAACACAUCUCACUUCCUCAUCCGUGUAUAUUUAAAUGUGAGAAGCCUCCCACAUGUUGCUUUCGGCCGUCGACGGUUCAGACGCAGCGUGAGGAACUCGUUCAGACCAGAUCGUGAAACUUAAAUCAGAAGAAUGGAAAGCGACAGCUCCCUGAUCGACCAUGACAUCUUCUCCACAGGCUGCUUUCAGGGCCACAACGCGUUCAUCAGAUAUGUUUUUACAUGGAUCAGCAUUUGCUCCGGUCUCCCUUUGACCAUUUACGCGGUUUAUUCUCUGGUCCGAGAUGAUCGCUGUGCUCCCGUCUACGUCAUCAACCUCCUCCUCUCUGACCUCAUUCAGCUCUGCUGUCUGAUUGGCUGGGUGACUGACAGGAACUGCCACGACAUCUUCAUCUAUCUUCACCAUCAUGCUCUGCUGGCAAACGUUGGCUUCAUGUUGUGUAUUACUCUGGAAAGGUACGUGGUCAUCGUCUGGUCCAUGUCAUUCACAUCAGGACAAACCAUGAAGACGUCUCUGGUCUGUCUCCUCGUCUGGCUCCUCCCUCUUGUAUCUGUCCUCCCGUUAUAUUUACAGGUUGAUUUUCAAGUCACGAAAGCCAUUUUUGCCGUCUACCUCCUGGUGCCCUUCCCCCUGUUCAUCCUCUCCCUGUGUGGGACUCUUAAAGUCCUGUCCACGUGUCUUCGUGUCCCCGCUGAUGAAAGAGAAGGGACGGUAGCGGUGCUGGUCAUGGUUCUGCUCAUUUACACAUUCAUGUUCCUGCCCAGCAUCAUUCGGUUUUUGGUGAAGAUUCACACGCGCUCUGACUUCAGCUCCAUGUCUCUGGUUUAUGUUGAGCUGAUUCCUCUCGCAGACCUGACUUUAUACAUCAUCACAAAGGGACAUGUCGCACUGCGUUGCUGUAGAACACAACUACAGUAAACUACACAACCACAGCAAACUACGGGGGAACAGCAUGAAUAACCACCUCCUCCCUCCCUUCCUUCCUCUCUUCUUUCCUUCCUUCCUCUCUUCUUUCCUUCCAUCCUUCCUUCCUUCUUUCCCUCCUAGUUUCAGUUGUUGUAGUAAGAACCUUUUAUUUUGUUGUUUGUGCGUAAAACAUUUUAACAUCAGCCAAUGUUGCUUCUAUUAAUUUGAUGAUAAUUAUCGGUUGUUUUAAUCCUGACUCUGUUUCUUUAAGUUCCUGAUGGAAUCAGAAUCUCUGACUUUCACACGCUUGAUUGUAAAUAAAUGAAUGAAACUUGUAACCACAGUUUAUUAAAAUGCUUCUUUAUGUUUUCAUUAAA